AUGGCCGAUCAGCGAAGGAAAUUAUCAUGGUGAAAACAAGGACAAAUUCGCUUGUUAUCCGCACUUUGCGGUCUGGAAAUGGGAGAGGGAAAAAUAUAGGAAAUAUUGAAGAGAAAGUUCCUUCUAGCGAUGAAAGUGGACUAGAUUCAACACCUUUUCCAUCUGGGAGACGUCGUUUACGAAGUAGAAGGGGCCAUGAUGGUACUGAUAAGUAUCCCAAACUACCGGCUUGCACUGUUCCAUUGACACGUUCGACUUGUCGAAGUGAAAGUCUCGAGCUCCUAAAUGGAUCUUCUGUUCACGUUGAAACCAGGAAUUCGCUAAAGCGAGGUAAGGGAGAGAGAUCUUCGAAAUCUUUGCCACGGAAGGAUAGGAAGAAAACUACAGAAACUAUCUUGUACAAGACACGGCGAAGCGAUCGCAAACCGCGAAAGGUUUAUGAAAACUUAAAUGUUACUAUGCUAACAGAUCACCGUUACAUGACUGCAUUUGGAAAUUCGAAAUCCCCCAAGAAGGAAAUUGAAAGAAACAGACUUCUGCAUGACGAAGAGAGCGAAUCUCAAACCGAGGGUGACGAGGAUGUUGUUGAAGCACCCAGCAUGUAUGACCUUAUAAAGAGAAAACAUGAUCAGACUCCAACACCAGAAAAAAGAUCAAGUCGAAAGAGACGACAUGAAGAUGGUGAUCAGCAGGAGGAAAGUGACAAUGAUGACGAUGAUGAAGAUGAUGAUGACGAUGAUGAUGAUGAAGAGGAGGAGGAGAAAGAUAUUAAAGGUUAUGAACUAAGAAAGAGACGAAUGAUUCCAAACCGAUACAUUGCACCUCCUUUGAAGUCCAACGAAAAAGGCAAGAGAAGAUUUCAUAUGAAUGUAGAGCCAAGAAAGAGAGGGAAAAAAUCGUCACAGUAUGCAUCUCCAGUCAGAAGAGUCCGCAGACCCAAAAGGAAAGCUCAUCAUGUGAGCUCCUCCACUUCAUCCUCUGAUGACUCAGACAAUGAGAAAGACGAAAGAAAGUUUGAACGCAGAAGAGCCAAGAGCAUGGCGAAAGCCAGGGGUCGCUGUCUUCCAAUGAACUUCACCAUGGAUGAUGCAGCUUCAGGAAUUUUCAAAGAGAGAGCAAGAAUUGGAUCUAGUUUAGCUGAUGUGGAUCCUAUGAACAUUGACCGCAGGGUCAUGUUUGAUGCAGUUGGUGGUCUUAGCAAGCAGAUAAGGGCUCUUAAAGAAAUGGUUUUGUUUCCUUUGAUGUACCCUGAAGUUUUUGAGAAGUUUAAGAUUGCUCCUCCAAGAGGUGUCCUAUUUCAUGGACCACCAGGGACUGGAAAGACACUUGUUGCACGAGCCCUUGCUAAUGAGUGUAGUCAAGGUGACAAAAAGGUUGCAUUUUUUAUGAGGAAGGGUGCAGACUGUCUUAGUAAAUGGGUUGGUGAAUCUGAAAGACAGUUGAGGCUGUUGUUUGAUCAGGCAUUUAGUAUGAGACCAGCGAUCAUAUUUUUUGAUGAGAUUGAUGGUUUGGCACCAGUCCGCUCAAGUCGUCAAGACCAAAUUCAUAGUUCUAUUGUGUCAACUUUGUUAGCCCUGAUGGAUGGAUUGGACAGCAGAGGUGAAAUUGUGGUCAUUGGUGCAACCAACAGAAUUGAUGCUAUUGAUCCUGCUCUGCGGCGUCCUGGCCGUUUUGACAGGGAAUUUCAGUUUGCUCUUCCUGAUAAAAAUGCUCGAAGAAGUAUCUUGACUAUCCAUACGCGUGACUGGGAACCUAAGCUCUUGCCAUCCUUUGUAAGUGAGGUGGCAGAUCACUGCGUUGGAUACUGUGGUGCUGAUAUCAAAGCUCUUUGUACAGAGGCUGCACUUUUUGCCUUGAGGAGACGCUAUCCACAAAUCUACAGCAGUACAAGAAAACUUCUAUUAGAUGUGAACUCCAUCGAAGUGACUGCUAAAGAUUUCCAAAAAGCAAUGACAACCAUCAUUCCUGCCUCUCAGCGGUCUGUGGUUUCUCCAGCCAGGGCUCUCUCCCCCCUUAUGGGGCCACUUCUAAAAAAGACUUUGACCCAAGCAUUGGAGAUCCUUCAAAAAAUAUUUCCCCCUGCUCAUAUUAAAACAGUGACAGAGAGUAGUCCUGGUAGCCUGAUGGGUAACUCCAGUUGUAGCAACAACAGGAGCCAUAAUGAUCAGCGAAGCAGAAUGGUUGCUAUCUUAAGUGAUGAGGAAGCAAGCUCAGAUGAGGACUUGGGACCUCCAAUCUUUGAAUCUCUUCCUGGUUCGUCAAGAAGUGAGCGCUAUCUGCGAAGAGUACAGCAAAACUCCAACAAUGUUGAGUCAAUGGAGGUCUGCCAUUCUUCUUUCUUCAGCUGGACAGAUGGCCAAAAUAAGGGAAUGUCAACUUACCGACCGAGACUCCUUAUAUGUGGGAAUCAAGGCAUGGGCCAGUCAACACAUGUUGCCCCUGCACUACUUCAUGCAAUGGAGCACCUGACUGUGCACUGUUUGGAUUUACCAGGACUAUAUGGAGUUGCUUCCAAAACACCUGAAGAAGCUUGUUCUCAGCUGUUUCGUGAGGCGCGUCGUACAACACCAUGUAUAGUGUAUUCACCCCAUUUUGAUGCAUUGUGGAAUGCCACAGGAGACAGUCUGCAUGCUACAUUGCUGUCACUGCUUCAGGAUCUCCCUCCACUUGUCCCUUUGUUGUUUUUGGUAACUGCAGAUCGCCAUUGGAAUUACCUUCCCUCUAUCAUGAAAGAACUGUUUUUGGCAGAAACAGGACAGGUAUUCCAAGUGGCUGAUGUGACCUCAGAUGAGAGAAGAGCUUUCUUUCAUAGCCUCUUCCUUGAAGAGGCUGUUCUGCAACCCAAAUGCAAGAAAUCAGGAAAAGAUAAAAUAGUGGAAGUGUUACAAUUUGCUCCUACCCCACCCCCACCGCAGUUGUCGGAAGCUGAGCUUCAGAGGGCUCGCCAAGAUGAGGAGAAUACCAUUAGGGAACUGCGCAUAUUCCUCAGAGAUGUUACCUCAAAGCUUUUCCAAGAUCGAAGGUUCAAAGAGUUUGCUAAACCAGUGGAUUUGAUUGAGGUUCCUGAUUACCUUGAGGUGAUUACUGAACCAAUGGAUCUAACAACAAUACUACAGAAAAUCAAUUGUCAUCAGUAUAGUACUUGUGCACAGUACUUGGCAGAUAUUGAUUUGAUCACAAGCAAUGCCCUCAAGUACAACCCUGAUCGUGAUCCAAUGGACAAGCUUAUCAGACAUAGGGCUUGUGAACUAAGUGAUAUGGCUCACUCGGAAAUCAUAUCACAACUAGAGCCAGAGUUUGAGAAGACUUGUGAAGAAAUCAUAGCUGCAAGGGAAAGAAGGGGUGACAAAUCAACUGCUGCUGCUCCUGCAUUUGUGUUCACUGCUCCACUGAAACAACAAACAGCAAAUGAAGAUCAAGUAGAGAAAGCAGUGUUGGGUGUGUCUGAUAUAACCUUUAUACCUGAAUCCCAGUCACAAAGCAAUAGUUCAAGGCAGAAGAAAAAGCCAAGACGAAAGAAAGCUCCAAUAUACUGGGGAAAAAGGCCAAGUAGAAGGAAACCAGACGUAAAGCGAAAGUUAGACUCAGAGCUUGAUCAGGUUACUCAGGAGAAUCAGGUUGAGGUGAAUGGGGAACAAGCAGAGGUCAGUGGUGAAGCUUUGCCAGAAGACUGUGGAGAAGGAUCAAUCAAUGAAGAAAGUGAACAGGAUCCUGGGGUUAUCUCUGAGAAAGAAGGUGAUGUAGCAAACCAUCAAGAAGAAGAUGACGAUGAGGAGGAGGAUGAAGAAGAUGAUGUUGAAUUAAUGGAGAAUGGGGUGGCAUCUAUUGAUGGGGAUGUGGUUUUAUUAGAAUCUGACAAUCUCACAGCAGAAAUUAAAAGUGGACAGUUGAACUCAGGGUCUAUUUUUCAAAGCAGUUUGGUGUCGACUAAGAGAUCUCUUGAAAAUCAUAAAUUAUUUGGAGGGUUUUCCAGUCUGCAAAAUGAGGUCACCUCAGAUGCUUGCUCAGAAGAUAUUGCAACAGAAAGUGAAUGUGACAAGGAACCUGCAGGUGAAGACUCUUCCAAUAAUCCGUUAGAAAAGGAGCAGAACAAAUCUGCUGAUUACGCUUCCAGGGGCAGCGCUGUACUCAGUGAAGACAUAAAAGAGAAACUGGCAACUCUCCUGGAUUUGUUGGUUCAGGCAACUGAGGGGGCUUCUCUUGAGAUGCUGGAAGGAUACCAUAGUUCUCUUCAGUGUUGUAUCUAUAAGCAGAGACACAAGCAUGACAAGAGACAGCUUCUGAAGGAUUUGGAACUGAUGAUUAAAGGCUUUGGCCAAUCUUGAAGAACUGUUUGAUCAUUUCAAAAGUGCUUCUCAAAAGUUAGCUUGUAACAUUGGCUCAUUACUCUCAACAGUAAAACCUCACUAGCUUGAACUGUGAAGACAUAAGAAAACAGUGCAAAUCAAGAGUGUUCAAAUUAGCAAAUUGUAAGCAAAAAUACCCUCUUCAAGAAAAGUAGCUCAGCUAAUAGUUCCAGGUAGUGAGGUUCUGCUCUAAUUAAUAGUUGGGUCACUAAGUUAUUACCAAUUAAGUUAUUUUGAUUUGUUAUUUUCUAUGAAAAUGUGAAUAACUUUUGAAUCAGUUCUGUACAGAUGAAAAUGUUUUUGCAAAGCAUCAUUAUAUCUAUUUCUGCUAAUGCCUGACAACAUGGAACAAAGAUUUUCUGCUUAAGGUUACAGUUGGUUUUGUACAUGUCUCUUUUUUUUCUUCUCAGAAAUACAUUUAUAUUGCAGUCAUUUUUAAGCCUUUGAAACAAAUGAGUAAUUUGCAUAUCGCCAAUUUUCCCGGGGCAAGUGAGAAUAGAGAGGGAAAGUUCAUGGAGAAGGGGUAAUUGACAGACUUUUUCAAAUUGGCUAAAUACAUAUUUUUGAAAAAGAGAACUUAAUUAAUGCUAUAAAAGUGUAACAUUUUUGUGUUAUCUUUCUUUACAUUCGCAAAAGUUGCACUGAGCUGAAAUGAGGUCACAUCAUCCUUUAAUAACUAAAUUGUCAAUGACAGAAAAGCAUGAAAAAAAAAAAAAUAAAGUAAAGAUUUCCCAA